AAAUACGCUAUUAAAAUUAUGCAAAGGGCCUCGUCCGGAUGGAAUAAUAAUUGUAGUAGUCGUGCCUCUGGUCACGAACUCACAACAGAGUUUAAAUAUUUCCCGUGACAAAAGAAAAAUCCCCCGCGCCUGGCGCCAUGCGUGGCGGCGCGGGAUAACCUCAUUGUGUUCUCUGUUGCGUAAUCAUCAACAGCGUACUGGUCUUUUUCCGCGUAUUUGGUGUAAUUUUAGCAUUAUCAUGUCGGAUUCACAUCGUCGCAAGAAGUCCAGAUCUCCAAGUAAACGGAAGGAGAAAUCGAGACAUCAUCGUCACUCACGAGAGCAUGCUCGUAGCGAGAGACGCGAUCGUUCACGCCCGCAAGGUUAUGAACGUACUCGCGACCAUAGCCCGGUUCGCUCUCGCAGCCGAUCUCGCGCGCCCGAGGAAAGAAGUAUUUUGGCUGAACUCCAUCCCCAACUAGUUGCCCAAAUUUCUGAACUGUGCAGAAAUUUCCAAAACACAUCUCCAGGGGAGGUUAUACCGCCUACCACGAAUCCUAGCGUUCAACCGCAUUCAGAGCAGCAGCCACCAAAAGACACGCCGGUUCCCACGAACCGGGGCGAUGCACCAGGCGGCCGAUCGGUCUCUUUUAACGAACAGGAGCCUCCCUCGCAACCUUCGUUUUCGGCAGAGCUAUUCGCAACUCAAUCUGAAGUUCCCUCAGAUAUAGUAUGGGACUCGACAAUUUUAGAUUUUGCACGCUCAACGGUACAGACAGGGCUUCCCGAGAAUCUUCGCCGAGAACUUCUUCAGAAAUAUGAGGUUAGAGGCGACCUUGCGGCUUUGGGUCCACCUAAAAUCAACAAACUACUGCUGCCGGCCCUGAAAUCCUCAUCGUCCACGGUGAAAAGAGACGAAUACCAAACAGAGCGCCAGGCCCAACUCGCGGCAGCAUUAAAUGCUAUUGGUUGCGGUACUUCAACUUUUUUAAAGCCGGAAGUUUUGGAUUGCCUCCCUGAGGAAGGAAAACUGGCUAUUCGCCAAAUAUCUGAGGGAAUCCGCCUCAAUGCGGAUCUCCAGUAUCGUCUCUCAAUUGCUCGUAGAGCCUUUAUCAAGCCAACGUUAACUCUGUUGGGAAAGUCAACGGCUGACUCUGCUCCCGUAGACGAAUGGCUCUUUGGCAGUUCUUUUGCCGACGAAAUCAAGGAUGCCCAAGCGUGCGAAAAAGUUGCCCGUGGUCUAGUGAAGACAACGCCAGUCGCCCCCAAGGCCACUUCACAACAACCGAAGCGUUUUCAACCCCAGGCUGCUCCCACUACAUCGGGAAAUGCCAAGGCCCCCACUCGGUCGAGAUUUCACUCCCGAGCGGGGGCUCGUCAAACCAGGGCCCGCUCGACACACCGGUCCAGAUCGAAGUCUCGUGCCCACCACCGAUAAACAGGGUAAG